UAAACAAAACACAAGUUUACCUUCGCAGAGCCAUUAAUUAAAUAAACAAUCAGUAUUGGCCAUCAAGUUUAACAGUAAUCACCACACAAAAAGAGAAAACGAUCUCCUACUUCUAUUUUUUAGCAUUGCGUAAUUUAUGGGCGUUCUUCUUCCUUACAAGUCUCGAAUAGAAAAAUAGUACUUUAAUAAUUCCAAGAAUUUUAAGGUUCCAAGAAAAGAACGUUGUUUUGCACCUGUUUUUUGUUUUUUUUCGAUUGUUCCAUUUUAUAUUGAAAAGUUAUUAGGUUAUAUUGUUUAUUAAAUAUGUUUGUUCAAUGAAAUCAAUCAUAAUAUAUUAAAUAUAUAAGAGUAUUACACAAAGCAAACAAUAGCAAUGGAUGAACAAAAGUUUAAGAUCGAUCAAAUAGAUCAAAUAAACAUGGUGGUUCACCAUGUUUUUUUAACCAGACAGCUGCCACAAACAUCCGAAUGCUCAAGCCUUUCUGGAACAUUAGUGCGAUUUACCUUUGAUCAUUUGCCUACAAUGGAUGCACCAAUGAUGGGUUUAAAACAUGUUCGCAAUACAAUGGAGAAAUGGAAAAACACACAAAGUGUUAUUGUUGAUGCUAUUCAGAUAUCAGAGGCUCUCGAUGCUUUGCAACCAGGAGAAACGUUUGCCAUAUUUGCUCGAGCUCAUAAUUCAGUUAUAACAAUUAAAAGAUACGAAGAUGAUCUUAAUAAUGCUCUUAUGAGUGUAUUUAGAGUAUCCUCAAAUAAUGAAAAAGUUAUGAGUGAGGGAGAUUUGUUUCAAACUUUCCCUGAGAGAGCCGUUCGGAUUCCGUUCAAUCGAUUUUUAUUUAAAGCAUUUUCUGUUCAAGUUGCCAUACUAUGCAAUGAAACCUUUGAAAAAACAAUCCAAAUAAAAAGAAAAGAUGGAGACAAUCAUUUUGACACACGUAAUGUUGUUGAACCCGUUUUUGUUAUUUCAUGGUUGCUGGGAGCCAUGUCUGGAACAAUGCAAGGGGUUGAAAACUGUGUAUGUGUUCAUAAAGUGAUACGCGAUGAUGUUUUCUGCGCUACUGAAUUAGAAAUUCCAUGGCGUCGUUCAGGAGAAUGGUUUGCAAUUAAAUGUGUUCUUCAAAUACUAUUAGUAACUGAACUGGGGUCAGUUGAAGGAACUGUAAUUUAUAAAUCUAUGAUGAUUUAUAUCAUGAUUAGUUUCCUUGACAACCUUCCCUACACUUUUGAUGAUAAUGAUACAGUUAUGCAGAUGUUAAGCAAAGUUAGUAGAAGAAUGGCAAAACUAAACAACAGAAUGGAACAACCGAAUGGAACAACCGAACUAAACAACCGAGGGGAAAAAAAUAGCUUUAGCUUAGUAUGUGAUGGAGUUCUAUCCAAAAAAACAAGUCAAUGGAUAAAAGUUGUAUUUAAAAAAGCACACAACGUUUUGCAAAGAAAACGAAAAGAAGCAGACAAGCGUUGGAGUAAACACAUAAAAUUUUGUUGGGAACAAUUGCCAAUUUUUUAUAGAUUUCAUGCACGUGACCAUAUAUCACAUAAAUUAAACGAAAAAGCUAUUCUCCGUAUAAAACAAGCAUUUCAAGAAGAAAAAGAUUUCAGUUUACAUGUAAGCAUUCCAAAAUGUAUAAACCGAUGGAAUGAUGUCACAACACUGUUUGAUAUAAAUUUGUUAAUAUCAGUUGCACAAAACGAUCAAUGUGAAGAAAUCCUUUGGGACUUUGAAAUUUGGGUAAAAAAUAUUUUGAGGAAAAAUUGUAUAGUUAAUAUGGCUCAAUUUUUUGAAUACAGCGAUCAAAUUUUUGAUUUAAUGUGCAAAUAUUUUGAGAUUAGUUUAAAAUUUUAUCAAAAUGAUCCGGUUGGAUCAAGUCGAAUGAUACUAACAAUAUUUCUAAUUAUUGCUGUACUUGAUUCAACUGCAAUAAUGAAGUGGCCAUUAUUGUCUGAGUACCAUAGCAGCUUUGAUGAAAAUUAUUUUGAUAGUUUGUUAAUACCACUUUACGAAGAUAUGAAAUAUUUGCAAGCUGUUCGAAUUUAUUUCAUCACCAGAAAUAUGCAAUCAAAAUAUCCAUGCAUAUUGUCAGAAUAUAAUGUAAACUCUAUUGGUUUUAGAAUAGCAAAUGAAAACCAAGAAAUGCAAUUAAAAAGAAAAGAAAUUCUUUUGUAUGCUCACCAACAACGAGAGGAAAAAAAAAAGAGUUUGAAGUCAAAAAAAGCCGUUAUGAUCGUUUAACGCAAGAAUACUAUAGAGCAACACACGAUAUAAAUGAGAGAGGUAGA